UUAAAAAGCAAGAACUCCCUUCUUAACUCUCCUUAAGAAUAGUGGAAUUACGUCCACAUCCUUAAAUUCCUUCAUUAAUUACGCCCCUACCAUUACCAGCUGUUAGUUUUUCAUUAACAAAUGAUCCAGGUGUCCCCCUUCCCUGUCUUCGUCCUCCUGCGUCCUUCUACUUCCCCCCUCUGCAAUGGCGUUCUUCACCUUUCUCGGUUUUUCCUCUCCAUCUUCCAUUGUCUUCGUACAGCUCCACUAUCUUCUCUCUCCUUUGCCUAUUUCCUCCUCUAUCUUCUCUCUCCUUUGCCUAUUUCCUAGCAAUACUAUGGAUUAACAGCAAACCCUAAAUCCCAAAGUGGUGAGAGAAAGCUUCAAAAGCUUCGUCAAUGGCUUCCACAACAAGCAUAGCUCUUUUCCUCUCUCUCAAACCCUUUCAACUUCCUUACCAACACCAAAACCACCUCCAUUUUCUACCUCCUCCUCUUCCAUCUCCCCGCUCUUUUCACUCUGCAGCCUCCAUUUCUUACCGUCGAAUCGCAUCAUUGGAUGCCUCGUAUCCGGCGUCGGAGGUGGUGGACUUUCCGAUACACGGAAAUUGGAAUUUUCUAGAGAGUUUGCCGUUAUCGCCACCAUGUUGAAACGCAUCGAACCUCUUGAUACAUUUGAUAUUUCCAAAGGUGUUUCUGAUUCUGCCAAGGAUUCUAUGAAAUAGACGAUUUCUACAAUGCUCGGACUUUUGCCGUCUGAUCAGUUCUCUGUUUCUGUUAGUGUUUCGAAGGUUCCUUUUCAUCACCUCCUCGCCUCUUCCAUCAUAACUGGGGCUCCUGAGCUUCUUCUUGGAGCUAAAGAGUACUCAACAGCGGUGGAUAUGUGGUCAGUGGUUUGCAUAAUGGCGGAACUGCUAACCAAUAAACCAUUGUUUGAUGAAAAUAUUGAGGUUGAGCAGAUUGGCAAGAUAUUCAGAACACUGGGCACACCUACUGACAAGAUUUGGCCGAAAUAUUCUCAAUUGCCUGGGGUUAAGGCUAACUUUGUACACAAAUCGUCUAAUCAAUUGCAUAAGAAGUUCCCUCGUGCAUCUAUUACAGGCUCUCCUGUACUUUCUGACUCAGGGCUUGACUUGCCGAGCCGGCUAUUGACAUAUUGUGUGUUUCCUGUGGGAAAUGUCUCCGUAAGAGAUUUGAUUAAAGUAAAAGCCCCAAGAUUUCCCCCCAGAAAACAGAUUUACAAAGAGAGAUAAAUUUGGAGAUAUCUCCAAAAUUAAAGGUUUUUUUUCUUUAAUUCUAUAAUUUUUUUGGUUUUUGUUUUCAAUUUUUCUGGGUGUACUUUAUUGUUUUCUAAUGGGGUGAUUUUUUUCGUUUUUGUGGAUUUGUGUAUAGAUUCUUUUGAUCAUUUGGGGUUUUAUAGAUACUUGUAAUCAUGUAUUUAUAAAUGGGUUGAAGUUAAUCACUUCUUAAUCAUGUUUUAGGAUUUUGCUAAUGACUGAUUUUCUUCAGUUUUUGUCUUCAAUUGCUGCUGAACUUGGUCUUCGUGGGUGUAAAGCAAGUUUUUUAACUGCUUUUUUGGGGUUUUUUUUUUUGGUGAUAAAAUUGUUUUUUGGGGUUAAUAUUACUGCUACUGAAUUCAGUUCUGUAAAUGGUCUAUUACAUUUUCUAUUUCUGAUUGAUUUGAGAUUUGACUUCUUGUGGUAAAAAAGUUGAUAUUCUUGGUAUCAGUUGUUGUCAAAAACUCAAAAUGGAUUUGGUAAGACCUGUAAUAUGGAAAAUUCGCUCUUUUCAAUUUAGAAUUUGGCUUAACUUGUUUGUGUAGCUGUUAGAUGAAGGUCAUCCUGGUGACUUGAGUCAUUUAGAUAACCUGGUGUGGCUUUUAGGUUCGUGAAACACGACGUUGACCUUCUUUUCUGUGUUGUCUUUGCCUUUCGAUCUUCAUUUCUGUGUCGUUGGAUUACGUUGUCAACCGGUACUCUGACUUGUUGUAACUCAUUGUAACUCAAAUUCCUUACAGGCAUUAAGGCAGCAUAACCCUUUUAUUGUU